AUGCGUGUAAGUGUAUUCGUGUCGAGUACAGCAUAUUUGUGAAAAUCACGAGAAGAAAAUAAUCGAUUCAUUUCAUACGCUGAUUGAGUGUAAAUAGUUCAUCUUUCUUUGAUUUUCGCAUGAAAUAUCAACAGCCCUCACAUCCACCUCCAAUUCCAAAGCGUCCGAACCUGGCAGCAACCGACGACGCCGGCAUUGAAAUAACUAAUGUCAAAGAUGGGGAAAUAGUACAUCAGCGAUUUCUUCUUGUCAAUGGUCGUGCAGGUUUACGCAAUGCCCAAUUCCAAGCACCCAUCACAGUUGCGUGCAAUGACUUUCCGACCACUUCAUGGCCUUGUGUGAAUUCACAUUUCAAGGCUUUAGUCCAUUUGUUACCUGGACCCAAUACGAUUACGCUCAUAUUUCAACAGACAGCUGUAAUUCACUUACGCAUCCAAUAUAUGCCACUAUUGCAAAACCCGCCUUUGUUUCUCUGUAUUUUCAUGGCUCAAGACUCACCAGGCACAUUUGAUGUACCUCCCGAAAAGCGCCAUGAGAAUACUUUGGCGGUGGCAGUGGAAAAACUGAGAAUGGCAGGCUACAUGUGGCAAGCCUUUUGUGCUGAGCAAAUGUAUCGCAACGGUAUGGGUCGACGCACAUUUCGUCUAGACGAAUCGUGGUUACCUGAUACUGUUUCCACCCAUGAACAAGCUACGCGACAAACAGCUCAGGUUCACAUUAUUCGAUCCAAACAUACAUUGAAGGAGAUUCGCGACAUACGCCGAGCGCAACAGAGUCCGAAUCGAGACGAUAGCGUACCGAGCUUGUUUUCGUAUUUCCUCGAUGACCUUUCCAACCAUCCUCGGUUCGGAAAACAGCCAUGCGUUGUUGCCGGCUUGAUCCUCGAUGCACAUUGGGAUACAAGCAAACAAACUGUAUUGGCACACGCUGCUUUGGGUGGUGGCGGAGGCAAUCGGUCGUUGGGUAUUUUUGGAUCUCAUCUGACGCACGCAUGGCCCCGGAACAUUGAAGAGAUUGUACCGUGCAUGAUGGAUACGACGCCGACGGAUACUCGCUAUGUGGCAAACGAUGCCAACGAAUCCGGCCAGUGGUGGCGUGCAUUGAAUAUCGGUAUGGGUGCUAUGUUGCAUGAAGUGGGCCACGCAUACACAUUAUCACAUACUGCCUCAGGCAUAAUGAGUCGUGGGUAUAAUAAUUGGAAUCGGACAUUUGCUGCUAAAGAGCCGGGACGAGCACCCAUCCCACCCGAAGACGAGGCAGGGUCACAUUGGCACCGGGUCGAUAUUGUACGACUACGAUUCCUCCCCGCCUUCCGCCUGCCUUCCGAUGGUCCCGUCGGCAAACCUCACCCCAUGGGUCCAUCCUUCAUUCCGCUCGACCAAGAGCAAAUCGAACUGUCAGCGCCUGCUGGACUCUCUAUGGUUGAGCUCAUUGUGAACGGGCGCUAUCGCACACAUUUCGAGUACGUUGAUGCUGAUGGCCCGGUGCAGCAGCUACUGCUAUCACUGCAGCAACUCAAGCAACAAUGCAAUUGCAAACCUAACGAGUGCCUCCGUCUGGAAGCAACCACAAAGAAUCAGCAAACGGAAGUGAUUGACGACGUAGACCGCUUUCUGCGUGAGCACACUGUGCAGCUGCCAGGGAUCCAAGGAGUGGUUGUCAAAAGCGACGGGUUGGGCCACCGGGGGCUUGGCGGGACAGAAUCAAUGGCGGUGUUUCAUCACGGCUAUUCACAUCCGCAGAAACAGCUCAUUUGUGUGCGAGUGCAUCAUGGAACGUUUCUGGAUGGGCUUGUGUUUCGUUGGUCGGACGGCUCUGAAACCCUAAUAGGCAAGCGCGGUGGGGGCAGCACCGAGUUUUACAUGCAGUCUGGAGAAUUUGUGUCAGGCUUUGUCGUGCGCAGUGGGGCCUGGGUUGAUGGGUUGCAAAUCAAGACCACCACUGGACGGUCAAGUCCAUGGUUUGGAGGGCAAGGAGGAGGCAUGCAUGUGCUGGAGGCGCCGCAAGGGUAUGUCAUUGUGGGCAUGUAUGCUUCUGCCGCAGCGUGGAUGGACCAGUUGGGUAUCUUCUAUCAGAAAUGCUCAGCAUGAUGCAAAAUGGAAUCCAUGGAAAAUCGGAAGUGUGUGGUCCGAUGGUCGCCGUAAUCUUCUAUUUAAACGCUCUUGUACUAGUUUUUUUCAGUUCUUUUACCUUUCUUCU